UAAUCUCUGUGGACUCUUCAGUUAGCCGCUAUUAUGUGAAAUGUAACGUUAACAUUAGGGUUAGAUGGUUCUCAUUAGGUCACUUGUGAACACCUGAUGAGUCUGAACAGAAAAGGCUUUUCAGUUGACUGAACUUCUUUCUUGUGACGACUGUUUUCCGGCAUGGAGAGAUAGGAACAACAGCUUAUGUCUAUAUUUAACCCUGACAUGACGCAGUCUACCGGUGAAUCAGUGAAUCUUUCCCUGUGAGGCAGCGCUGAGGGUAAAAUAAAGAGUCUCCUUGGAGGGUUCAGGCCUCAGCUGUUAAUUAAAAACACUGACAUCCCCUGAGAGGAGAAGAAGAGAGUGUUGACAGAGAGCUGCUGGUCCUCCACCACAGAAGAAGAAGAAGAAGAAGGUAAGCAAUCAGCAGCAGAGUCAUACACCUGCCAAUGACAUCAUGAGCCGCUGGCGUCGUUCUGUGGACGAGCUUGCAUCGCGGCGACGGCAGCAGGGCGAAUGUGAUCGCGCUCAAGAAGCUCUCAGUCGGGUCACUUCCUGUUUCCAGCAGCUGGCAGCAUCGCUUGGCAGCUCGGCUGACGGCAGCUUCCUGCGAGAUGAGAUGGACGAGACGAGAGCACUCGCCCACCGAAUCUGCAGGGGUCUGUCCCAGCGUCUGGUGCGGCUGCUGUCAGACAGUGACUCCGCCCCCUCAGGUGUGGAGGACAGACAGGUGUCUGAGCGUCUGUGGGUUCUCUUCCUGUCAGCAUUGGAGAACUUCCUGUCUGACCUCCGUAAGGCCUGUGAUCUGAUUGGACAGUUCCCUCUGAUGCAGCGCUACGACAGACGCUCACUGGUCAACACGGGGUGUAUUGAUGGUGUUGUGGGCGUGGCAGCUCGUGUGGCUUCAGUCCAGGCACCAUGGCUCACCUUGGAGGAGGAGCCAAGCCCUGAUCUGUCCAACCACAUUGCAGGACUGGAGAUCAUGCUGAGUGAGAUGCAACUGAGGGUUCCUGUAGCAUUCUGGUCGGUGGAGGCGACCCAGCCAGCUUGGGCUGAAGCUGGCGGUGAGCUAGACGAGCCAGAUGACAGCCUGGAGGACCUGAUGGAGGUUGAGGUGGUCUCCAACAGCAACAACAAGAUGGCAGCCUGCUGCCAGCCUCCAUGCUGCGGACUGGGCUGUGUUGGGUAGAGGGCCGAUGAUGUCAUCGUGAUCUCACCUGUGUGACACACCUGACAAGCGGCUUGUGGUGGAAUAACGAAUUUGACAGAAACUGAUGGAGAUAAACAAUUUUUGAAGUAAUUUUAUGAUCAUGUCGAGAUUUUACAAUAGUUUAUAAUUGUGGCAUAAAUAGAAUAAAAAUAUUGUUUUUCAACACAAAGUGCUUCGGAAAAGCUUGUAGUAAUUUUACCAUGUAAGGUGUGAUUUUUAAGAUUCAACUUAAAGGAACAACAUAGUUUUUAACAGGUUGUAAACUGUCUCAUUCAUCAACAUAGACAAUCACACAGAACAAAGACUGUUUCUAUAUAGUUAUUAUAGUAAUUUUUUUUUUUUAUAUACCUGGGCUC